AUGAAAGCAUGGAGAAAAUUUAGGGAAAGAUAUUCACAAAGAAAGAAUGAUGAAAAACAAUAUGUGUCAAUCAAUGAAACUUAUACGGAUAGGUUGAACAAAAUACAACCAGCUUACAAAUAUGUUCCAUUAUGGUGGUAUGUUGUUUUGUUCCUUAUUACAUUCGUUGUUUUGAUUACAACUUUAGCUACAGGUAACAUGUUUAUUCCAUUAGCUUUUGGUGCAGUGAUUGUUACUCCAUUAGGUUAUUUGUACGCUAUAUCAAAUUUUAGACUCCCUAUUGGUGCUUUUAAUGAAUUACUAUAUGGAGUUAUGAUCCAAGCCACAAACGGUAGUCGUCAUCCAGCAGGUGCCAGCUCUUAUGGUGCUAUUGCAGGUGAUGCUUGGUACAGAGCUCAAUAUAUGUUACAGGAUCAAAAGAUUGGACACUAUAUGCACCUUCCACCAAGAACUAUUUUCUUUUCACAAGUUUUCGGUCAAAUGAUUGGUGUUCCAGUGAAUUAUGGUGCUAUGAGAUGGAUUUUAGAUACAAAGAGAGAAUUCUUAGAUGGUACUAAAGCUGAUCCUUUGCAUCAAUGGACUGGUCAAAGCUUACAAUCUUAUAAUACCAUGGCUGUCCAAUAUGUUUUAAUUGGACCAGCUAGAUUAUUUGCUAUAUCAUUUGAUAGACCUAUGCCAUUUGGUUUCUUGUUUGGUGCACUAGCUCCUGUUGUUAUUUAUGGUUUACACAGAUUAUUUCCAAGAGCCAAAUUCAAUUUAUGGAACGUUACAGUUUUCUCUGCAACAGCAGCAAAUUUCUACGGAAAUCUAUCAACUGGUUAUCUAUCUCAAUUAAUAGUUGGUACUGUGUCGAUGUUUUACCUUUUCAGAUACAAACACAGAUUUUGGAAAAGAUACAACUAUAUUUUAGCUGCUGCUUUUGAUACCGGAUACAACUUAGCUGUGCUACUAUUUUCAUCUUCUUUAGUGCUGGUAAGGUUGUUACUAUGCCUCAUUGGUGGGGAAAUAAUCCUGAAUCAGUUGAGAGAUGCUUUGCUUUGUGACUAA